GAGAGACAGAGGGUGAGAGAAAGGGUGUGUGUGAGAGAGAGAUAGAGAGACAGACAGAAGUUGUUCUUCACUCGUCCUGUGUUGUGUGCAGUGAAAUGAGCUGAAAGGUGUUUGGAGGAUUUCACACUGAACUACACACAUGAAGUCCCAAUCCUGCAAGGUCAACAUGGACACGACGAGAAAGGACAGCUUCCUGUGGGGGAAAGCUCCAUCAGGUUUCAGUGAGAAGGAGAAGAAGCCGAUGGAAACCAUCACAAUGCAGAAGAACAACAUUCUCGAUGAUAUUCAGAAACUCCGGCUGGAGAUUGAGAACGUUAUGAGCGAGAUCCACACCAUGGAGUCCAACGAGGAGAAUAAGAACGUCAUCAUGAGCAGAAUGUUCCUCUGUGGAAAGAAGAAGUUCAACAUGGACCCGAUAAAGGGGAUUCAGUACCUGUUAGAUAAUGAUCUGUUGGAUGAAACUCCAGAAGCAGUGGCUGAGUUUCUGUAUAAAGAGGACGGACUCAACAAAACAGCCAUCGGGAACUUCCUCGGGGAAAGAGAGGAAUUCCACCUGCAGAUCCUGAAAGCUUUCGUAGAUCUUCACGAGUUCUCAGACCUCAACCUGGUGCAGGCUUUGAGGCAGUUUUUGUGGAGUUUCCGUCUCCCAGGUGAGGCUCAGAAGAUCGACCGCAUGAUGGAGGCCUUCGCUCAGAGAUACUGCACCUGCAACGCCGGCGUCUUUCAGUCCACAGACUCGUGCUAUAUCCUGUCCUUCGCCAUCAUCAUGCUGAACACCAGCCUGCACAACCCCAACGUGAAGGAGAAAACCUCUCUGGAGCGCUUCAUCAGCAUGAACCGAGGCAUCAACCAUGGAGGAGAUCUUCCCAGUGACCUUCUGACGAAACUGUACGAGAGCAUAAGGAGUGAACCGUUUAAGAUCCCAGUGGACGAUGGGAACGAUCUCACACACACCUUCUUUAAUCCUGACCGAGAGGGAUGGCUGAUGAAAGAGGGGGGCAGAGUGAAAACCUGGAAGAGGAGGUGGUUUAUUCUGACCGACAGCUGCCUUUACUACUUCCAGUACACCACUGACAAAGAACCAAAAGGGAUCAUUCCUCUGGAGAACCUGAGCAUCAGAGAGGUGGACGACCCACACAAACAGUUCUGCUUCGAGCUCUUCAACAGUAAAGGACAGAAGAUAAAGGCGUGUAAAACAGAUCCGGAUGGUAAAGUGGUUAUGGGGAAACACCAGGCGUACAGGAUCAACGCUUCUUCUGCUGAGGAGAGAGAAGACUGGGUUCAGGCAAUCAGGGCCUGCAUCACUAAAGACCCGUUCUACGAUCUGGUGUCUGCUCGCAAAAGGAAAAUCAUCAACAACAACAACACAGAGUGCAGUAAAUAAAGCAGAAGUGCUGUUUUAUUGAUUUAUUGAUAAUUCUGUUUGUCAGACUCUAAUCACUGAAGGUUCAGUCUGAAAGUCGCUCUGAGGAGAUUAAGGUCACUCGGAAGUCAUGCGAUUGAACUACAGUGUGGUUUCUGACCAUCAGGCUGAAGUUCUCACGACUUCACUUCCUCUGUUCUGUGUAAAAUAUCUUUUAGCUCUUAGCACUGGGCUGAAGUGGAAGAAUUUAUUCUUGGAAAUGAAGCCUGACACACUGACGCGCCCUCCCCUGCAUUUUCGCAUUAACUAUGGUAUUAGUUUAUUGUUAGUCUGAGGGGCGGAGCUUAAUUCACUGUAUUGUGUAUUUUAAAUGGUUUUAAACUGUAAUAUAAAUGUUGAUCUCUAAUCCAGGUUCUAAAGCUGACACUGUACAUAAACUCUCUUGUGGUUAAAAUCAACUCUGCUUCAUAAGUCGUGCCUUUCAGGUGAUGUGUGAGGAUUUUUCAGUGUUGUAAAAACUAGUUUGAUCGUUUUUAGAAUGAGUGUGAGGUGUGCUUAAAGUGUUUAUGUAACUUCCGUAAGGAAUAAAACACUUGGGAAUGUGCUGUUAUAGGAAAACAAUCAACUUUGAUGUGAUGUAAUGAAAUAUUUUCCUAUAACAGCACUUCUGCAAGCGUUUUAUUCCUCUUCCACCACAGCAAUUUACCAUCAGUUACAAGUUUUAACUUCACACUUCAUUCAUUAAUAAUUAAAUUAAAUGUUGUGUGAAACGAGUUAGUUCCCGUUGUCACUUACGUUAUAGCAGCUAUAAACACUCGUUCCCUCACCAGCGUCUCUUUAUUCUCUCUCUCUAGAAGUUAAUAAGACAAAAAAUUAACACAGCUUGUUACGCAUGUUACCGAGAAACUGCAAAGAAGAUGUCUGAAAACUUCAAGCUGCACGUGAACUGUACACGUCCCUGCGAAUGAGCUGUUACUAUGGAAACGAUAAUAUAUUAGAGCGAGCGCAUUAAUCACACAGAAACCUGUGAUCUGCAGCUGCACUACUGUCAGAGCUACUGUUAUAGGAAACUAAUCAACACCUCCUGACAGCACUGUGGUGGAAAAGUGCAACAGUGCAUCGUUUAUUUGCGUUUACACAAGUGUGUUUAAAUGUACAAAAUGAUCUAUGAAAUGUGAAAUGAAGGCACAAAGUUUUAAAGAUGUACAAUUUGAGUGAAAAUGAUGUAUAUAGAGAUGAUUAAUUUAUUAAACUCGCAUGUAUUAAAUGUA